AUGCAGUCUCAUCUCACGAGACGGGUCUUCCGGGCCCUCAUCAAUAACGAGCCGCUGUCUUCUUCAAGAUGCCGACGAACCCAAUUGCUGCAUACCAUUUCCCCCGCACGAGUCCGGUCGAGUCUCGUCAGUCUUCCUCAUGUGCAACGUCGAACCCUAUUCGCCUUUAAUAUGGACCCAAGAGCUGCCUCAGGGGAGGGAAUGCCCACGACCUUGUCCUCCGAGAAAGGCCUAAAGCCGAUGACCGAUUUGAAACGAUCCCUGGAGGAUAAGAGCCGAGCUCCCCCGAACAAUACUCUGGUCAAGGCUUUUAAGCUGUUUUUUGAAACCCGAGUGGAUUCUCCUGGAGUCAUCAACUUGUUCCAGGCUCGGCUAUUGUCUAUGACAUGGAAGCACCUGAAGGCCCAGCAAGAAGAGUUGGAUGAUGAUGAUUGGAACAAUGUUUUCUCGGUGGAUAGCUUGGAACGGAUUCUCUAUGUGUUUUCCGAAGCGCAGUGCCUUCCCGAGGCGCGGGAAACAGUUUUGAAAAUCGCUCGCUAUGCCUACCUCGAGCUGUGCGCUGAUCAUGGGUUUGGUCCCAACUCAAUCAGCCGGCCCGCGCUCCUAGUCUACAUCAAUCUCUUAGCCAUGAAUGGGAAUCCCGAGGAUGCCCGCCAGGUCAUCAUCAACUUUGGAGGCCAAUUGCGCGGCGCAAAGCCAUCUCCCUGGCUCACUGUCCUGAAGGGAUUUGCCCUGAAAGAUGACCGGCGCCAGCUGCGGAAAAUCACACAAGAACUGGAGAAAUACGGGGUCAAGUUUGACCAAGCUUCCCAUGAAGAGCUUGUUGAUAUUCUCAUCGCACAGGAUCUAUUCAAAGCAGCGCAGACUGCCUACGAGUGCCCCAUGGCUGGGAAUGCCGAGCCAUCGCUAGCUACUAAAAAGGCUGUGAUCAACUAUGCAAUCUUGCAGUCCGACACCGCGUGGGCAGAGCCUAUCUACCAAUCUAUUUGUGAAGGCGCCAGUCCCAACCCGGAGACUGUAGGUGUUGCUUUGCUCUGGGAAGCCGCCCAGGGCGCAAGUGCAUCUUCACUAGGCGAAAAAGUCAAAUCGUGGACCGCGACAAACCCUCGGAUCAGAGAGGCUCUCACGAUUGCAGAUAUCAACAACCUACUUCGAUAUACCCAUGCAAAUGAGAAUCCACAGCUGGCCACGGCUUUCCUAAACUUGGCAGAACAGUGGGGACUUGCUCCCGAUGAGCAGACACAUUUGCUGCAGCUGGAGUCGGCCAUCCAGGCUGGCGAUGUUGAGGCCUCUCUUCACAUCUUGGAAAAUCAAGUGGACCCCACAUCUCUUCCAAAUGCCAACCUCUCUCUUUCCAACCAGCUUAUCACGAUGCUUUGCUCCUCGGAAAAGAAGGAUGAACUUUUCCAACAGAUUUCGUCCCUCUUGGAUCCGCUAUUUCAAGAUGGAGUGCACCUGGAACCAACCACCGUCGCCGCAUUGACCCGUAUGCUGCUAUACCGCCACGACAACGAAGCUGUUUCCGAAUUGCUUCGACCUCGACUAGCUACCUAUGACAGCCAAGGGAAGACUGUGAUCCGCACAGCAGUGACCGAUUUCAUCUUGGAUCUCAACGAGAAGGACGCAGACGUGUGGGAGGUGUAUGAGCUGUUCAAGCUUGCAUUCCCCGAGACGGGCGUCAGCGUGCGAACUGAAAUCAUGUGUACCUUCUUUGAGCGCAAGCGCAGUGACCUCGCAGUCCUAGUUUUCGGCCACAUGCGCCAGGCAGAAGACCUGUCACGCCGGCCGAAGCCAGAUACCUAUGCCCGAUGCUUCCAGGGUCUUGCGCGGACUGCCGACGUGACUAACCUGGAGCUGGUCCACAAUAUGCUCAAGCUUGACCUGGAGGUGGAGCUUACUACCCGGAUUCUCAAUGGCCUGAUGCUGGCCUAUGCCGCCUGCGACAUGCCCGAGAAGAGCAUGAAUAUCUUCCGGCAGAUCCUACAGUCAGACGAAGGUCCAUCAACCAAGACGAUCGCCCUCUUCUUCAAGGUCUGCCAGAAGCACCACAAUGGCGUACAAGAAGCUAUCAAGAUGAUGAGCAAAGUCAAGAAAUUGGAGAUCGAGGUUGACCGUCGCCUGUACUCGUCGUAUAUGGAGGCGCUGGCUGCACAAUGUGAAUUUGAUCGUGCCACGGAAGCUAUCAAUAACAUGCGAGCCGAAAUUGGGGUUCCUCCUACAAGUACAACGAUUGGACUGUUUUAUAAUGCUAUUCCCUAUCAGUACUGGAAGGACCAGGUAGAAGAGUGGGCUCGCAAGACGUACCCCGAGCUCUGGGAGCAUCUGGAAAAGACGGAGCGUAGUGAGCAUGAAGAAGGGCAGAAGUUUGAUGGUAUUUCGAAUGAGGUCUGGGUCUAGAUAUCCAUGGGUUGUGUUCAGGAGAUGUGUUUUUUCUUGUAUAUUAUGUUACUGUACGUAGCGCAUUUUAUUAGGACUUACAUAAGGCAUGAGAACGAAUUUUGAG